AUGCUCGCUGCCUCCCGCUCGCGCCUACGCUCCGUCGCCGCACACCUCGCAUUCGCCGCCCGCCCUUCGAUCGCUGUCGCCGCCCGCAACUUGAUGACGGACGCUCCCACUUUUCCGCUGUCGCAGCCGCCCAAGUUUGAGGAGGGACAGUAUGUCAAGAGCGCUGCGAUGCUGGUCAUUGGAGACGAGGUGCUGAACGGCAAGACCCGCGACUCGAACUCGAACUUCUUCGCCAAGAUGUGUUUCGACCUCGCCAUCGACCUGAAGCGCAUCGAGGUUAUUGCCGACGACGAGGACGAGAUCAUCGAGGCGGUGCAGCGAAUGCACAAGAACUACGACCUCGUCGUGACGUCUGGAGGAAUCGGGCCAACCCACGACGACAUCACCUACAUGAGCAUCGCCAAAGCCUUCGGCGUUGACCUCGAGCUGCACGAGGAGACGCAGCGGAGGAUGUACGAGAUGGGCAAGCACAGGUACAAAAUGGACGAGCAGACUGAGGAGCAGAAGCAGGCGCGACUGCGGAUGGCGCGUUUCCCGCAGAAUGCGGAGGUGUUCUUUGUACAGGAGGACCUCUGGGUACCGGUCGUUCGCUUGGGCGGAAAGGUCUGCAUCCUCCCUGGCGUACCAAGACUGUUCGAGCGGCUCGUCGAGGGACUCGUCUCGCACUUCAUCCCGCUACCGCCUGCUUCGGAGAAGCCUUUCCGCGUCCUCGUGCACACCAAGAUGCCUGAGAGCUCGAUCGCGCCGUUCCUCACGUCCUUGCAGGAGCGAGUGCGGAAGGAGAUGAUUCGCGUUGGCAGCUACCCCAAGCUCAUGGCAGGCGUCGACGUCUCGCUGAUUGGGAAGGACGAGGCGCGGCUGAAGGAGAUCGCAGAAGAGGUGAUGAAGGAGCUGAAGGGCGAGCUCGUGGCUCAGGGCAAGCUGGGGCAAGAGGCCCAGGUCAAGUAG